AUCUUUCAUGAACAUCAACGGCUACGUGAAAGAAACACGCUCAGGCCCCGAAUUCAGCAUCGGAGAACGGGUGUCCAGUCUGAAAGACUACUUCUCCCUGAACGAGUCAUCGCGUCCCCUGUGGUACACUCACAAACAAGCCCCCGUACACAUCCUCGGCGGCAUUCCAAAGAACAAGGUCAUCCUCCUGUCGGACACGGGCUUUGACGAUUACUUCUUAAUAGAGGUGGCCAUCGACAGCUGCUGGAUCAGUAGCCAGAAGUGCCCCUGGGACCAAUUCUCUUCCAGCAUCUACGACGCCAUCGCCACGGAAAGCACCCUCUUCGUCCGCCAGAACCAGCUGGUCUAUUACUUUACGGGGAACUACAGCGCCUUAUACAUGAACACCUCAGGGUCUGAGCUGUGGACCCGCAUACUGGCCAAGCAGUGCGUGAGGAAGCUGAACCCAGUGGAUUUAACAAAGAAUAACACCGAGUACGUGAUUGCCCUCGGCGGAGGCUGGCAGGAAGGCGAAUUCUUCGUCAUCACGGUGUCAGAGCCCCCGCGGGUCCUCGUGGGCAAAGAUCAGCAGCACAGGGGAAGCUCGGAGAGACCCAGAGGACUCAUUAACCUGCAGAAUUGCUUCCUUUUUUCACCAGACGGGAUUGUGAAGCACGCUGCAUCCAGCAGGAAGUCGGCCUGUACCGUUCUCAAAAGGCGCUGCAUACUACAUUCAGUUGUGUUUGAUAUCGAACGGAACAGUUUCUUUCUGCUGGUAGAAACGAACUUGGAAAGCAACGCUUCUACUUACUACAUUAUGGCAUACCGCCAAGGUGAGGAUGGCCACUACGAGGUUCUUUCCGUUAUACCUCAAUUCAUACCCGAGGCCAGUGAUCAAGGGUUUGUGGUGUUGAUCGGGCAGGAGAAGUAUACAGAUAUCCCCAUGGUACCCAAAGGCAUCGCCUAUAAUCCCUCCAGCCUCAUCUUCUAUGUCUGGGGGAACAUGAUCUUGCAAAGCAACGACCUGAGGAAUUACCUUUACCUCUCCGAUUUCACCGGCGAUUCCGCCAUCAAGUAUUUUAUUCAGUCCUAUUCUGGGGAGCUUGCCUGCGUGACUGAAGACGAGCAGGUCUGGAUCUCCCACGAAGGCAGCUCCAUCAUCAGAAAGAUCUAUCCGUCCAGGGCCUGGGAACUGAACAAGAACCUUCAGAUAAUGGGCGGAUCGGCCAUAUAUCAGCGGCACGAGUCGCGGGUCACCGUGUUCUUUGACAGGCACAAUCUGCUAGAGCUGGUUUAUAUGGAGGAUGACCUUGGCCGUGGAAAGCUGAUCAAGAGAGAAUUCCCACAGCGGUACAUCCUGACCUACAGCCAUAUAAUCGACCACCCUCACCGGGUGUUCUCAGACGAGAACAAAGACUACAUCAAGUUCAGCCACACCUGCCCAUUUGCCUGGGUGCGCAUAGUGGGUCUGCCGCCCCCGCAGCGCUUCACCCGGAAGGAGCAUUACCGAACAGAGCCUCCAGACAUCAUGGAGAAAACGGGCUUCCAUGACAAGAAGUCUCUGACUGUCUACCAGGGGCUCAUCUUUCAGCUACUCUGGCUGCACUCAGCUUACAACAGGCCUUACGCAGACCCCGUCCACGACCCCACAUGGCGCUGGUGGAAGAACAAGGCAGAAGAUGCGCAAUACUAUUUCUAUGUGGCCAGCAACAGGAACUCUUCAGGGGGCGUCUAUGUCAACAUGGCCAACUAUGUCAAGGUCUACAACAUUGUAGCGAGCAAUGCGCUGCCAGAGACGAUCUACCUGGACAGGAACAGCAUCUACAACUUCUCUGUGUUCUUCAGCAUCAGGACGAAAGAACAGAGCCUGGGGGAGUCAGCGGAAGAAAACUCCCUCGAUUACGUGUGGCUGACCAUCAUUGUAGCCCAUCCCGAGUACGUGAACGUGUUCAUGGACAGGAAGGAACUGAUCAGCCGAGGGUCCGUGUUGUAUAAGGUGACGGUUAUGGACACUGGCAUCUACCCAAGACAGGACCUCAGCGGGAAGAAGCUUCUGAGGAGUUCAAUGAUCUUUAGUGUUGCAAAUGCAGUGACCAGGUGUUACGAUCACAGUCCCAUCGGACCAGUAAUAAAGGGCUACCGUGUGCUGCCUGUCAUUAUCGGUUGCCCCCCAGGCAGGAGGCUGGCCUUUGACAUCACAGGAACUUUGCAGUACAGCAUCAGGAAGAACAAGCGCUACUUCGACUGCGUCAACCCGGAUCCUGAGAUGCCAUGUUUCUUCUUCAGUGAUGUGUUCUACCCUUCCUUUUUGAUCCAAGACAUGGUGACGGGAGACUCGGGCCCAUUCAAGGGAAGGUGGGUGUGCCAGGAACACUCCCCAUGUUACGACAUCUUGCCCAGAGAUAUGUUGGCUCCUGAAUAUUUCUUUGUGAUCAGAGUGACAAACAGGGGGGUGGACCAAACCACCUACUGCGACUACGCCUUGGAGUUCGUCAUCCACGUCCACGGCCUGCGCCUCAGCCCCACCCGGGCCAUCUUCCUCAUGAAGGUCUCCAUGAGCUCUGUGGUCGGUAUGGUCUUCCUGUACAUGGCGAUCUACAUCUUGGGCCCCAGGGUCCGGGCCCUCUGGUCCAGAGUUGUCAGGAGGUUCGAGGAAGCAGUGGUUUUGCGGACCGGGUCCAGCCUCACCUUCUCGUCUUCAGUGACCAGCCGAGGUUCCCAGAACUACCUCGCCACCUUGUCUGAGUUUGCCACUCGUGACCUCCCACCUGCCAUUCUCAUCGAUGACUUCGAAGCCUCGCUCAGCACCCGGGUGCCAACACCACCGUCGGGCCACCCUGGCACCGGUGCCAAGCCCGACAACCUCCGCUUGAGAACCCAUCUCACGAGUCGCGCAUCCGGGGAGCGGGCGCCGUCCUCCUUGCCGCUUUUCUGUUCGGCAGCCCGGAACCCAGCGACAAGGAUCUCGAAACAAGUGCCAGCCGCUGCUCCGCGGGGCUCCGUUUUAUCUGUCGGCGGCAGCACCGCAUCUCUGCUGGCGGAUAUCAACACUGCUGACCCCAGGGACCCCCGAGAGAGAGGCCGCUCCAUUCAGCGCACUCUUUCACGGGCCAGCUCCUUUUCAUUGCGGGCUGCCGUUUCGUAA